AAGGGUGGACGACCUCUACUAGGUGCAUCCAACCAUCAAGUUUAUCUCGGCGGUAGAAAACAUGGACGAAGAAUCUCUCCGUGCUCAGGCAUAUGCCAUCGCUCAAGUUCUGGCCGCGCAAGCGGGAAACGCGCCGGAGGAACCACCACCUCCCGCGAGCUACCAUGCCGCUCUGCAACACGAGGAACCGGAAGCCAAUAUUGGUGAGGAUGCUCCUCCAUCUGCGGGACAGGACCGGGCCGCGUUUGAGGUAGCGCAGCAGGAUGCUGGAGAUGCGACCAAUAUGUACUUUGACGAGUCUCUGGCUGUCGACACUUCAGUCGCGCCUGAAGCGGAUGCAACAAUCGCGUCAAUGGCAGGGCCAGGCGGGGAGCAGCACGCAGAUUACGCUGGCGUGACAGAUGCGGCAACUCGGAAAAAGCGAGGGUCAUCCAAAGCGGCAAAUGGCGAGGGUGGUAAGCGCAGGCGUAAGGACAACGAUCCCAACGCACCGCCAAAGCAGACUCGUAGUAAGCGCGACGCCUACGCGCGGGUCAGCUGCGAGCCGUGUCGCAAGAAAAAGUCGCGCUGCAUCCUUCCACCCCACAUCGAGGCGGUCGAGGACAUCACUGAGCCCCUUGAAGGCAGCGAUCGCUGUACGCGCUGCGUCAAGCUCAACCUGAAUUGCGUCAUGCGAGCGACACAAAAGCAGAAGGAGAUGGCAGCCCAUCAGCGGCAGCAGCACCACCAUCUUCCUUCGGAACCGCAGAACGCUUCCGCCAUCCAGAGCGGAAGCCAUUCAGCUGCAUCCAGCUCGGCAUUUGGCUUGGACCAGAACGGCGACAGCUCCAUAUAUCACGAAUCAGGCAAUGGCGGUGAUCCAACUGCACCAAAGCAUUAUGAUGGCUCACAGCAGCUUGCUGUUGGUAAUGCAAUCAAUGCACGCCCGAACAUGGCGAAGAGCUCAUCCACCAGGAGCACAAUAGAGGAAGGAUGCGUCAGCGGCAUUACUGACGAGUAUGGCGCCGCUCUCACCCAGGACGCGGCGAGCAUGCGCCUCCUGGCCAUGCUCGCAGUCAGCUCGCAAGAGGUCACAUCCGUCGCACCUACCUCGGCUCCUGCACAUGGGACCGACGCCACCUUUGCCUUUGACCCGAGUCUAGAGAACCUACAACAAAACCUUUUUGAAGCGGCAGCUGGUGUACAGGCCGGGGACGAGACCAAUCAACCAGGCGAUGAGCAACAACCACAACAGAAUGAUGCCUCGCGACAAUUCUCUGGGCAAGAACAUCUCCAAUUCGAGCAAGAGCAUCAGGCGCAGCCGCACCAGGAGCAGGUCACAGAAGCAGAGGCUGUGCACACUGAAACUGUGUGACACUGGGCACUGCUCGGCCGAUGAAUUGCUCUUCGCGAAGAAAUGGGUCCUCGCGUAGAAGAAAUAUACUAGCGUAGCAUUUAGCGCGCUCAAUGGGUCCAUUGAGUUGAACUGCGCCUUACCCAGCACUACUUUGGCCAAGGCCAUGGUCACCCAUAGCUCCAUUUGCAUCAUCUGCUCGGUUCAAUGAUGAACUUUCGCUGUGGACUCUUCGAAGCGCGAAUCCCGACGUGUGCUCCUUUCCCUGACUAAAUGCAUGUUGUACUGUAACGCAUAUUGCAAGACGAGACUCUACU